GGCCACCCCAUUCCCCCUGGAGAGUCCCGAGACGCCGAACCUUGGCUCCGCCCACGGUCCGAGGCCCCGCCCCCGGAGCCCCGCCCAGCGGUUUGAAGCGGCACGGGAUGCGACCGCCUCAGAGUCGCGCGCGGGGCGUGGGGCAGUGCUGAGGAGUCUCGGUGGCUGCAGCUCGACGCCGGACAGUCCAGCGAGCGCAGCGCGGCGGGAGCCCGCAGCCAGAGCAGCCCCAGAGCAGAAGCAGCAGUCGCCGCCGUCCGCGGAGCCCAGCCAAGCCGGCCAUGGCGUUGUCGAUGCCGCUGAACGGGCUGAAGGAGGAGGACAAAGAGCCCCUCAUCGAGCUCUUCGUCAAGGCUGGCAGUGAUGGUGAAAGCAUUGGAAACUGCCCGUUUUCCCAGAGGCUCUUCAUGAUUCUUUGGCUCAAAGGAGUUGUAUUUAGUGUCACCACCGUUGACCUGAAAAGGAAGCCUGCAGACCUGCAGAACUUGGCUCCUGGGACCCACCCACCAUUUAUUACUUUCAACAAUGAAGUCAAAACGGAUGUAAAUAAGAUUGAGGAAUUUCUUGAAGAAGUCUUAUGCCCUCCCAAGUACUUAAAGCUUUCACCAAAACACCCAGAGUCAAAUACUGCUGGAAUGGACAUCUUUGCCAAAUUCUCUGCAUAUAUCAAGAAUUCAAGGCCAGAGGCUAAUGAAGCCCUGGAGAGAGGUCUCUUGAAAACACUGCAGAAACUGGAUGAAUAUCUGAAUUCUCCACUCCCUGAUGAAAUUGAUGAAAAUUCUAUGGAGGACAUUAAGUUUUCUACACGUAAAUUUCUGGAUGGCAAUGAAAUGACAUUAGCUGAUUGCAACCUGCUGCCCAAACUGCAUAUUGUCAAGGUGGUGGCCAAAAAAUACCGCAACUUUGAUAUUCCAAAAGGAAUGACUGGCAUCUGGAGAUAUUUAACUAAUGCAUAUAGUAGGGAUGAGUUCACCAAUACCUGUCCCAGUGAUAAGGAGGUUGAAAUAGCAUAUAGUGAUGUAGCCAAAAGACUCACCAAGUAAAAUAGCACUUAUGACAGAGAUAUCUUCGUGUCUUCCCCUAAGAAUAUGCUUUUCCUAACAGACUGCUUCUCUUCCUAGAGUAGAAAUUAUAUUUUGCAUGAACAUGCAGUUAUUCAAGAUUAGGAUCAAGGAUAGACAAGAUAUAGUAGUUAUCUUAAAAUAUACACUCCUAAGCAGUAUUAUUUUGAAAUCCUUUUACCCUGCCUCCCCAACCCGUAUCCUCCUCUCCUCUAAUUUGGAGACACUCCAUCACAAACUUUUCACUUUAGAGGUGGUUUGCCAUCUCGGGAUCCCUAACCAUUUUGUCCAAUGGCACACAUCACUGUGUAUCGAUGUCAAAACUUUGGAGGUGCAAUGUGUGAUGUUAAAAUAGUAGCCAUGACUUCAUCAGGCAGCCCCAAACUGGUGCAUAAUGCAUGGUACAAGGAAUAUUUAUGUAUUUUUUGAAAUUUUGUAAUAUUUAGUAAGAGUAUAUGAAAGGAUUGCUACUGUAUCAGAAAUAUUCUGUUUCAAUUUAGUCUGUCCUGGAUAUGUACUAAAGAAUAUUGCCACCAGAGAAGAGAGCCUUCUACAGAAAUUCACUACAUAUUUUGCUAUUUUGCUUUGUAGAUAUAUCUUUGCUUUUGCCUAAAAGCAUUUAUCCUUCCUACCAAUUGAAACAUCUGACACUAUGUAGAAGCUAAAAGUUUAGAGGAAGAGAUGGUUUUUUAAACGUCUUCUGCAAGCAUUUUAUACUUAGAAGCUGAUGGGCAUCUGAGACUCUGUCUUAAUGUGUUUGUUAUAUAUAUUUUGCCCAGUGCCAUUCAUUUGGAACAUUAUUGCUUGCUUUAUUUUAAAAAGCUCCUUUUUAGGUAAGCAUAGAGCUUGCUACUUGUAGAUCUUUUGAGCAACACUACAUAAACUGAUACUUAGUUGAUUUAGCUAUAGCAGUACAAUGACUAACACAAAUUAACCUAAGGAAUGAAGGGAGGGUUUGUCAAAAUAUGAAGUAAAUUUUUGUUUCUAAAGCAUAUUUAAUGUAGAUGGUCUAAAGAAUGCAUUAUCCUUCCUAUAUUAAAACAAAAUAAAACACAGACUACCAAUUUUCUUAUUUCACCCCAUUUACCGUGCGUAGAGGAUUGUUCACUCCUGUUGGACUAAAUUAUAGUUGUUAUGGUGAGUGAGUAUUUGCUGCAGUUUUGCCUGAUCUCAAUCAUUGUACUUCCUUGAGUUAAAUUUUUCUAUAGCCAUGUUGAGGAAUAGCACUCUGCAUGUAUUUUUGUUUUGUUUUUUUUUCUUUUUAAAUCAAAGUCCUAAACAAGAAUUCUUUGUGCUCUAACAAUAGAAGAUGAAGUUGAUGAAAAUAAAAAUUUGCUAUGCAUGUAUUCUUUAAAAAAAAAA